UCGGUUAGACGCGAUGGGCACGGGGGGAGGGGGUCCUCGCGAUGGAUUCUGACUUCUACAACACUUAUAUAGCGCACGCAACGUGAAGCUCUUCUGAGCGGAAGGUCAUUUCUAUUGCGCGUGCUUCGUUGUGCCUCCCCGUUCCGCACGGGAUGCUACCGGCGCAGCGCUGUCUCGGCUGAGCGGAGCGACAGAGGCUGAAGAGGAGGAGAGAGGACUCAGGAAGAGACGAGGCACGGAGGAUUAUGGCUCUCGCGGCGCCUCUGUUGUGCUUGGUAACUCUCACCUGCGUGAACUUCUACGUGGUGUGCGCCAACAGACACGCGGUGUACUGGAACAGUUCCAACAUACAUCUGCGGAGGGAGGGCUACACCCUGCAGGUCCAUGUCAACGACUACCUGGACAUCUACUGUCCACACUACAACAGCACCCAGAGGGGCGUGGCUGAGCAGUACGUGCUCUACAUGGUCAGUUACCGCGGCUACCGCACAUGUGACCCGCAGCUGGGCUUCAAGCGUUGGGAAUGUAACCGCCCCCACGCCCCUCACGCACCAAUCAAGUUCUCGGAGAAGUUCCAGCGCUACAGUGCCUUCUCGCUGGGCUACGAGUUCCACGUAGGACAUGAAUACUACUACAUCUCCACACCCACUCAUCACCAUGGCCGCAGCUGCCUGAGACUGAGAGUGUACGUCUGCUGCUCGCCAGCAGCUGAUGUGGACGAUGGGGCAGAACCCACAGAGCCAGAUUACACUCUCAGACCCAACAUCAAUAUAGAUGACCUGGAUGACUAUGACAACCCCGAGGCCCCUAAACUGGAGAAAAGCAUCAGUGGGCGGAGCCCGUCCAGGGACCGCCUUCUCCUCACCGUGGCAACACUCUUCCUCAUUGCACUCUCCAUCUCCUAGCACCCACCUCCAGGAAGUUGCCAUGCCAACGAGGCCAAGGGGGAUGUAGCAGACAGCAGGGGAAGGGGGAUGAAGAACUAAAGACAAAAUAUUAAAAACAGGACUGAAAAGAAAACAGGUGUUUAAGAAGACACCACCGGGACUCGAUACACGUCCACUAGCACCAAGAACUCGUCCGUGGUGCUGCUGUGUUGAGUGUGAGCACACGGGCUAAUGUGACACUACGCAAUGUGGAGUCUGACUGGACUUGACAGUAACAACCUGGCUAUUCAGCUCAAGCUGUACAUUAGACAAAGUGUGCACACGUGUGUGUGUGUGUGUGUGUGUGUGUGUGUGUGUGUGUGUGUGUGUGUGUGUAAGUGUGUAUGUGGGUUGAUCUUGUUUACAACAAAUGCUAUUUGAAACCCCUUAUUUAGAUCAGGCAUUGCAGGCCCCUCCCCUUGACUCUGAUUGGUUAAUUCAAUCGCCCUUCACGCUGAUUGGUUAAUUUGAUCACCUGAUGAUUGGCAAUCUAGUGACAGAUGCAUUAUAAAGACUGAUGUCAGUAGUGUGGAUGUCGUCACUGGUAGUUUAGUCUGUCCAAACCAGACCAAGGAGCACGAUACAGCAUCCGAUUACAGAAGGACCCAAAGUCCUGUAUCACCCUCCUUCCUCCUGCUUCUAUGUGCGUUUGUGUGUGUGUGUAUUCAAUCUCUCUCUCUCUCUCUCUCUCUCUCUCUCUCUCUCUCUAUGUGCAUCUCUUUCUUCCUCUUUCCUUCCUCCCUCCCAGCCGCUUCAGUAACCUGCAGGAUCUCCGUCUGUGUACGAACACGUCAGAGAUGAGAUUACCACCUCUUUGUGCCCAUGAUUUCAGCAUUUCCACAGAUGCUCCAUCAGAGUCGGGACACCUGGUCAGCGUUCCGCACACGUCCGUGUGCAGGGUCUGACAUUCCCAUCUCAGACACCUGGUCAGCGUUCCUCACAUGUCCGAGUGCAGGGUCUGACAUUCCCAUCUCGGGGGCAGCACGGCGUGGUGACCAGGAUUCCUUUAUUAACUGGCGCUGAUCUAACCCUUAGCUCUUGCCUCUAAGUACUACUGUAGCAAUACUCUUUGUAAUGAGAAAAUGUUUUUUAGAGAGCUUCUUCAAUACAACCCAUGGCUUUUCAGUUGGUUUGUGUGUGUGUGUGUGUGUGUGUGUGUGUGUUUUGAGCUGAACGUGGGGACUCUAGAACAUGUUUGUGUAGGUUGGUGACACUGAUAUGAUCUGCUUUCAGCAAACACUUUCUCCAGUGCACUGUUGAGUCUUUGUCUUUCAGGACAUGAACAGACAUGUACAGGCUGCGGAAACACAGGCACACAGCAGAUGAAUUGGAUACUUCUGUGCACCGAAACCUCCCCAGUUCUCAAGGGAAUAGGAGUGCCUGGGGACAUUGCCAAACUGACUUGGACCGGUCUGUUCUGGUUCAGACCAGCCUGGACUGGGCAUUUCCUGCUCAGCUUGAACAAAUCAGAAACGGAUAUCAGACGUUGCAAUUGUAAACGUUGUUCCAGAGGUUGUGGUCUGCCUCAAAAGGCAACGUUGACCACCCGGCGAGUGACAGACCAGCGACAGCUACAACUCCCAAGAUGGAGACGCUAAAACCACAUCUCUAAAUUGACCUUCUUCCGUUUUGCUCCCCAUACAUGCAAAUAGUUGUGUCAGAGUUGGGAACAUUCUUUUUUCCAUCUUUUUCCAUGGCGACUAGCACCUUACCCUCACCUGCCGUGGCGCGGAGCCGAUUUGUAGAUCCGCCUCUGGGGCUGCGUCGGGCCUCAGCAUUCUUCAGCUCGUAGUGGGUCCUAACCAGAACACACAUUGGUCCCGUACACACAACUCACGCCGGAGGUGGACACACUAACAUUAAACCUACUGCCGACCUUUAACUCUCUGGAUGGGAUUCUAACUGCAUCGGAAACCAAACAAGCUAUAUUACAGAACCAAUAGAGGCAACCCAUAGAUGUCCAGUCUAUUCAUUCUGCUACUAUGAUUAAUAUAGUAUAAGCAGCUGUAGGAGUCUCUGAGUGAGCAGGACAACACCAACCUGAAUGCUCCGUAUGAGAUGUAAACAUUUUUACAAACUUGAAGCUGAAUUUGACAUUGUUGAUUUUCUUGUAUAUUUUGGGGGUGCUGGAUUUGGGUGGGGUUUGUCCAAGGAAAGAGUACAGGGGUCUGUCCAGGGAAGGAGUUUAGGGGUUUGUCCAGGGAAAGCAUAUGGAGUUUCUCAAGGGAAAGAUAAUGGGGGUUUGUCCAGAGAAAAUGUACGGGGGUCUGUCCAGGGAAAAAGUUUAGGUUUUUUUUUUUUUUCAGGAAAAACAUGGAGUUUGUCCAGGGAAAGAGUUUAGGGGUCUGUCCAGGGAAAGGGAAUGGGAGUUUCUCCAGGGAAAGAGUUUAGGGGUUUGUCCAGGGAAAGGGUAUGGGAGUUUCUCCAGGAAAAGAGUUUAGGGGUUUGUCCAGAGAAAGGGAAUGGGAGUUUCUCCAGGGAAAGAGUUUAGGGGUUUGUCCAGGGAAAGGGUAUGGGAGUUUGUCCAGGAAAAGAGUUUAGGGGUUUGUCCAGAGAAAGGGAAUGGGAGUUUCUCCAGGGAAAGAGUUUAGGGGUUUGUCCAGGGAAAGGGUAUGGGAGUUUGUCCAGGAAAAGAGUUUAGGGGUUUGUCCAGGGAAACAGUUUAGGGGUCUGUCCAGGGAAAGGGUAUGGGAGUUUGUCCAGGAAAAGAGUUUAGGGGUUUGUCCAAGGAAAGGGUAUGGGAGUUUCUCCAGGGAAAGAGUUUAGGGGUUUGUCCAGGAAAGGGUUUUUUGGGGAUUUUUUUUUUUUUUUUUGCGACUGGAUUUUCAGAAGAGUUGAUCAGGCAAAAAACAAACAAAAUUCAACAAAAAAAAGUAUCACUCUUCAGCUGUUGCACUUAAAAACUUAGACACGAGUGUGUGUUUGUGUGUGUGUGUGUGUGUGUGUGUGUGUGUAUGUUUGUGUGUGUGUGUACCAUUGCGUGUGUAAAUGUUCAGAUGGACUGAGAGGUAUCAUACAUCUUUAUACUUGCCUACAUUUCCUUUGGAUCUGUGUGUGUGUGUGUGUGUGUGUGUGUGUGUGUGUGUGUGUGUGUGUGUGUGUGUCCGUCUGUCUCUUUGUCUGUUGCUUGUUUUUUGAUGUUUUGCCCAUGCAUGUGUGUGAGAGACUGUGCCAUAUGAGGCAACUAAAGCAUUUAGUGUUGGAAACAACCAUUUCAAAUAAUGUUUACCUUCAACUGGAAUGAAUUAAAGAACUUGAAAAAAAUUAAAACUGUAUAAGGAACAAAUCAUAAC